UUUGCAAUCUGUCAAAAAAACGUCAAAAAACAACCAAAAUCGCCCACAAUUUUUAGCAAGAAAAAAACCACAGUGUGAGUGCGGAAAAGUAGUGGAAAAGUGCACAAAAUGACGUCGGGAAAGGAGAAUAUUGGGGAACAACCAAUCUUCACCUGCAACGCUCAUGUCUUUCACAUCGAUCCCAAGACAAAGAGGACGUGGAUUACGGCCAGCACUAAGGCGGUAUCCGUGAGCUUCUUCUAUGAUUCCUCGAGAAAUCUCUACAGGAUUAUCAGUGUUGAGGGCAGUAAAGCCGUCAUUAAUUCCACCAUAACGCCCAAUAUGUCCUUUACGCAGACUUCGCAGAAAUUCGGGCAGUGGAGUGAUGUACGCGCCAAUACAGUGUACGGAUUGGGCUUCUCUUCGGAGCCAGAACUCGUGAAAUUCGUUGAGAAGUUCAAGGAGGUCAAGGAAGCCACCAAGAAUGCCAUGUCCAAGAAUGCCAAUGGAAAUUCCACAGGAGCCACUCCUGUUACAUCGGCAAACACCUCACCGAUCACAUCGAGAUCAUCCAUAAUGCAGAAUGAGAAUAAUUCUGAUCUUGUGGAUCCACCAACGGGUCAAAUGUCAAAUCAGCAGCAAAUGGUAAAGCCGGAGAGUCCAUCCCACAAGAAUGUUGUGAGCUUGGGCACAUGCGUGGGUGGGAAUGAGCCCAAACUCAGCAAUGUCGAUAGUGGGCCUUCGGAGCAGCAUCUCAAAUAUGAGAAUGAGCGUCUAAAGCUGGCGCUAGCUCAGAGUUCGGCAAAUGCCAAAAAGUGGGAAAUUGAGCUGAACACGCUCAAGAGUAAUAAUCUUCGCCUCACAAGCGCUCUGCAGGAAUCCACCCAGAACGUUGAUGAGUGGAAGAGACAGCUGCACACGUACAAGGAGGAGAAUAUACGAAUGAAGGCACGUCUUCAGGAGAUUGAGGGUAACCACCCCAAGGAUGGGGGUGAAAUGGCGGAUGAUUUGCGAAAGGAAGUUAUUUCGCUCAAAGGGAAGAUUGAAGCACUCGAAAGUGAACUCAAAGGGCAGGAGAUUGAACUCAGAGCUGCCAAUAUGAGUCUCAAGGAUAGGAAUAAUGAUCAAUCGGUAAAAAUGAAGCAACUUAUGCAGCUCAAUGCUCAAUUCGUCAAGCAUCUCAAUGACAUAAUGUUAGUACAAAAGGAAAUGGAUAAAAUUCUCAUGGGCAACAAAACUACUUGAGAUUCACGGAGGCAGACAAAUGAGCCAGCGGAAGUUUCUGAGUCGAAGAGAAUUUUGGAUGACAGCUCAAAUGUAGAUUGGGACUUUGAUGCAGUUGUAAGAAGUAUUAACAAUGGGAAUGGUCAGAAGAGUCUCGAAGAAGCCCAAAAGAUGCUAUUGCUGAAGCAUGAUCAGCUAAAAAAGGAAACCAUUGCACUCCUUGCGGCCGCUUCGGCGGCAGCCGAGAAGAAUUGCAGCGAUGCAAAUAAAUGCAAUAACAAUCAAUCAACAACAAGGAAUGCAAAAGUAAUUGAAUCAAAGACUAAGAACACCGCAACCAUUCUGGUUUCCAAAAAUAAAACCAAAACUGGACUUCCAUUGCUACUCAAGAAUUCACUGCACUAAUACAUCUUUUUGGACUUUUUGGAGGUAAGAAAAAAACACAUUCAAAAUACAUUUUCUUAUUAAAUUAAAGAAGAAGGAAAAGGUAAAUUUUGAGAUAAAAGAAAAAAAUGUGAGAAAACACAAUCUUAAUAAUUUUGGGAUUCAUCACACAGACUCUGGCGAUUUUGUCUUUUCUCUCUCGCUGUACUACCCCUUAAUCUCCCUUUUUAAAAAUGUGUGGAUGGGACACAUUGAAAGUUUUAAAACAGCAAAGAAUUAAAAAAAAAACCACAAUAUUCGUAAUUUUUAAUGAAAAAGAUAAAAAAUUAGAAAAUAAUGGGAAAAAGUGUAUGAAUAUGAUAUUUAUUAGUAAAAAAAAACUUGAGAAGUAUAAGGGAUGAAGAUGAAAAUGUUUUGUACUUAAUCAACAAUAAGUAUUUACAUUUAAGUAGUGUGCAAUUAAGAAUAAUGAUGAUGAAGAAAGUAAAAAGAAAAAAAAACGAGAGAUUUUAAAGCACUUUUGGGCGCGUAAAGAUUGUGUGGGAUGAUUAAUGCAAAAUCAAUUUAGCUAAUGGAAUAUAUUGAUGAUGAUGAAAAAUGUUUGAAUUAAUCAAAACAAAGAUGAAAAAAUGAUGAAAAAAAAAAUUCUCUGUCAAUACAUAAAGUUUCGCUUAAGUUUGAUGGCUCAUUGAAAAAAUCAACAAAUUGCUCUUUUAUUCCCUCGCGCAAUACAAUGCAAAUUUUUAGGGGUGAUAAAACUAUUUUGUGAGAUUUUCUAAAGUUCAACAGGGCGUAGUCACAUGUGUAUUCUAAGGGGUAAUUUUUUUAGCUGAGAUUCUUUUGAAUGUAGAAUGUUAAAUACAUUUUGUAAAUCAAACAUUUCUUGUCUAAUGUUUAGCAAUUCUAACAUUUUUCGUUUGAUUUUCAGGCAUUUGUCAUUUUAGUUCAAUUGACGUUUAAAAAUUAUUUUCUAACGCUUAACAUUUUUAUUGUCUGACAUUUUUUUCCAACGUCAAACAGUUCUUUUUUUUGCAAUUCCAAACGUUUCUCGUCUAAUUAAUGUUCAACUGUUCUAGCAUUUUUCAUUUUUUUUUAUUAGUUAUUAAUUCUUUCAACUUUUAAAAAUUAUUUCCUAACUUUUGACACUUUGUAAUGACUGAAAUUUAUUUUCCAACGUCAAACUAUUCUUUUCUUAAUUCCAAACGUUUCUCUUUCAAUGUCAAACGUUUCUUGAAUAGUAUUUAACAAUUUUAACAUUUUUCACUUAAUUUUCUUGCGUUUGUCAUUAAUUCUUUAAACCUUUAAAAAUUAUUUUCUGAUAUUAGACAAUUUUUUAAAGUCUGAUGAAUUAUUUCCAACGUCAAACAAUUGUUAUUUUAAUGCCAAACAUUUUUUUAAUGCUAAAUUUCUGUUCUAACGGCAUACGUUUUUUUUUAUUUUUUGAAAUAUUGACAUUUUUUUAACGUUGGUUUAACGUUGGACUUUUGUUUUCCAACGUUAAACUUUUCUUUUUUUAGUCCAAACAUUUUUCUUUCAAUGUCAAACGUGUCAAACAUUUCUAUUCUAUCGGCACACGUUUUAUUUGAACGAUUGACAUUUUUUUUAACGUUUGACGUUUUUCUUUAAAACGUUUGGAAAUUUUUUAAUGUGAAUUUUAACUUGAAAAUAAUGUCUUUUCAACUAUAAAGAAUCAUUUAAAAAAAACUAUUCCAGCAGUUAGAAAAUAUGAACGAUUUGAAACACCCAAAUACAAUCCCUGACUACGCCACUGUAAUCCAGUAGAAUUUUUGGUUAUUCAUUCUGUGGUUUUGUGGCAGCUAAUUGUGAGUUAAGGAUCAGAACAAUUAAUCUUGAUUAAUUAAUCUCUUUCGCUCUUUGCACAAAAAAAAAUCAUAAUUUAUCACAAAAAAAAGUGAUCUUCAAUGUUUUCUUUCAAUAUUGACAAGACAAAUUGCUUUUAAUAAAUUGGUCAAAGAGAACUUCUUGUCAAUAUUUGAUGAUUUUUACAAAAUUAAAUUUUUGCUUUGUCAACAAAAUAGUGGAAUGACGGCACCUACUGAAGAUAAAUCAAUCUUUAAUUACCCCCUAAAUUCAUUUUUUUGAAAGUAUCAUAAUAAAGAAAUGAAAAUUGAGAGAGAAUGAGACCAUCGGAGAGAUAGAGCUAGUUAGUCGGCAGAUAUAAGAAAAUUCUCAUUAAAAAAAAAACAGUCACAUUCUCCAGUGACGUGCAUGUUAAAAUGAAUUCCUGAGUAUUAUAGCUUUUACUAGAAUUAAUUAAUGAAAAAGAAAGAUCAUUGUUUUAACAUUAAAAAAGUAUAAAGAUGUCGCUCGAUUAUAAUGCUCGAAUGUCAUUUUGUGACAGAAGCCAUUUUGACAUUUGUUGUCUUUCUGUCAUUUUUUUUGACAAUUAAUACUCUAAUGUCAAAUGAAAGUGAGCGUUGUAAUUUUUACGACAUCAAAAACUCCACUAAAAUGAAUAUUUUACUCGCGAGAGAUAUUAUAUAAUUUGUUUUUAUAUUUUUUAUUAUUAUAUCUUUUCUUUUUUUUUUACCUCUGUGUACCUUUCUUUACAAGGAAGGACUUUACACACAGUGGUAUCAAUAAUACCAACUAACAAAUGAUAUUAUGUACAAAGACAGCUGUUUAUGUUUUAUGAUAAACUAUGUCGUAUAAAUUAAGUGAUUGAGAGAAAAUCUGUAAUGUAUUUAUUUUUCCUUUCUCUCCACUAGAAAAUGUAUUUUUAUUAUUACCUAAUUUAAUUUUAUUAAUUUUUUUUGUAUUACCAACCGCCAUAAUUUAGUUUUAUGAUUAGAAAGAAAAAAAAAGGAAAAUAAAAAUGAGAAGAAAAACUUUAGUGAUAGAGAAUUAAAAGAAAA